GCGUCUGUGCCUGUGCCUGUGCCUGUGCCUGUGCUUGUGCCCAACAAGAGGAGAGCAAAAUUUCCCCUCGUCGUCAGCUCGCUCGCCUGCGCCACCGCCGACCCCCCAUCCAUCCCUCCCCGGCGACGGCGACCGGAGCAGAGGGGGGUUAGGCUCGCCGCCGCCGCCGCCGCCGCCGCUUCUGCUGCUUCUCCCGCCGCCCCGCAUCGCAUCUAUCCCGUAAUGAUGGGGGUUACCACCACGCUCAACGAGGACACUGAACCCUCUAUUCCACCUGGAUUUGGACCUUUUGCUACCCUUCCGUUAUGGGGAAUCCACAAUGAUGCCAAACCUGCUGUUACUCAUUCUACUCCUGUUCAAGCAUUGCAAAGCAUUAGAAAAGACAGCGAAGAAUGCCAACCCAGUGCGGCUGUGUCUCGGAGUGAUACACCUUGCAGCACUUCCGGAACCCAGACAUGCAGAAAAUCACUGCGUAACAGACCCCCAAUAGACUAUAGCCGCUUUGAACAUAUAUCGGAUGAAGAUUCUGAUGUCGAAAUAGUGGAAAAGGAUGUAAGUUCAACGAGACGCAGACAACAGCUACCGAAAGGAGUACUUCGAGGAUGUGCAGAAUGCAGUGACUGUCAAAAGGUUAUCGCAAAAUGGAAUCCAGCUGGUGCACGCAGGCCUGUUCUUGAUGAGGCUCCUGUUUUCUAUCCAACAGAGGAGGAAUUUGAAGACACUCUAAAAUACAUUGAGAGUAUACGGCCAAUGGCGGAACCAUAUGGUAUUUGCCGUAUUGUCCCACCAUCUUCUUGGAAGCCUCCAUGCCUUCUUAAAGAUAAAAGCAUAUGGGAAGGAUCAAAAUUCUCUACUCGGGUACAAAAGGUUGACAAGCUCCAAAACCGUAAAUCAUCAAAAAAGGGCAGAAGAGGUGGAAUGAUGAAGAGGAGAAAGCUUGCAGAGUCAGAGGAGAACAGUGCCACUGCUCACACUCAGACAGGGAUGCAGCAAAGUCCAGAGAGAUUUGGAUUUGAACCUGGGCCAGAGUUCACGUUACAGACAUUUCAGAAAUAUGCAGAUGAUUUCAGUAAGCAGUACUUUAGGAAAGAUACAUCGAUGGAUUCAGUACCAUCAGUGGAAGAUAUUGAAGGUGAGUACUGGCGCAUCGUUGAGGUUCCCACAGAAGAGAUAGAGGUGAUAUAUGGUGCUGAUCUGGAGACUGGAACUUUCGGCAGUGGUUUUCCAAAAUUAUCUCCUGAGACAAAAUCUGAUGCUGAGGAUAAAUAUGCACAAUCUGGUUGGAAUCUAAAUAACUUGCCUAGACUACAAGGUUCAGUUCUUUCUUUCGAGGGCGGUGACAUUUCUGGUGUUCUAGUGCCUUGGGUGUAUGUUGGCAUGUGUUUUUCAUCAUUCUGCUGGCAUGUUGAAGACCAUCAUUUAUACUCACUAAACUACAUGCAUUGGGGUGCCCCAAAGUUGUGGUAUGGAGUUCCAGGAAAGGAUGCUGUGAAUUUGGAAUCUGCAAUGAGGAAACAUCUACCUGAAUUAUUUGAGGAGCAACCUGAUUUGCUACACAACCUUGUUACCCAGUUUUCACCAUCGCUGCUGAAAUCUGAAGGAGUACAUGUAUACCGUUGUGUUCAGCAUGAGGGCGAGUUUGUCUUGACAUUCCCAAGGGCGUACCAUGCUGGUUUCAAUUGUGGCUUCAAUUGUGCCGAAGCUGUUAAUGUGGCUCCUAUUGAUUGGUUACCGAUUGGACAUAAUGCUGUAGAGCUUUAUCGUGAGCAAGCUAGGAAAAUAACCAUUUCUCAUGAUAAGUUGUUGUUGGGGGCUGCAAGAGAAGCAAUAAGAGCUCAGUGGGAUAUCCUAUUCCUCAAGAGGAAUACUGCUGAUAAUAUGAGGUGGAAGAGUAUAUGCGGAGCUGAUAGCACUAUAUUCAAGGCUCUUAAGGCACGAAUUGAGACAGAGUUGGUGCAAAGGAAAACUCUAGGUGUUCCAGCUCAAUCAAGGAAAAUGGAUGCUGAAUUCGAUUCCAUUGAUAGGGAAUGUGCCUUGUGCUACUAUGAUUUACAUCUUUCUGCUUCUGGCUGUCCAUGCUGCCCAGAGAAAUAUGCUUGCCUUGUACAUGCAAAGCAACUUUGCUCAUGUGACUGGGACAAAAGGUUUUUCCUAUUCCGCUAUGAUGUCAAUGAGCUAAAUAUCUUAGCUGAUGCUUUAGGGGGGAAAUUAAGUGCCAUUCAUAGAUGGGGCGUCUCUGAUCUUGGAUUAAGUUUGAGUUCAUGUGUCAAACGAGAAAAGGUCCAAGAUUCCAAGACUGUUCGCAGAUUAACUGAUGGUCCAAGAAGGUCUUACAUGUCACAGGCAUCAGCAGUAUCCUUGGUUUCUUCUUCUACUUCCAAUGAACAGAAAGAUGAAGGAAAUAAGAUCAUGAAGAUAGCUAGCCCACAGACAAAUAAUGUGUGCCCUUCUGUCGAGCAAAGGAAAUCAGAGAAUAUUUCACCAUUGAAGGAGCCAUGUGUAAGGAAUGAGUUGUCAUGUACAACAAAUUCUGAUAGUAACGGAUUGCAAUAUAAUGGAGGACUUGGAGGCCAUAAAGGAUCUGCACCAGGCUUGCCAGUUUCUUCUAGCCCAUCAUUUUCUUCCAACGUUGCAACAAGGCCCAUUAGUACUUCAAGUGUAUCCAUGAAAAUUGUGCAAGGCUUGGUGGCAUCUAAAAGUUGUAUACAAGCUUCCUCUCGAACUGGAGACAGUAGAUCAUUGCUUGGUGAGCAUCAUAACAGAUCACCGGCAAUGAUUCAUGAUGGAACCAACAUGAAGUCCAGUUUGGAAAGCUCAAACAAUUCUUGCAGGUUGAUUGCAUCUGACUAUAAUGCAACUCCGUGUCAUUCAUCCAAGGAUCAGGUAUUAGUAACACCAGGGACUAAUGCCUCAGUAGUGACUCUGAAAGAUAGCAGCCAGGUCCAUAGUGCGUCAAGUCAGCAGUUUGUCAGAACUGGCCCAUGGACACAAAGUGCUUCUCAUGAAGCAUCAUCACCUAGUACCUCUGCUUUGAAGCCUUCUUUAGAUCCCCCUGCCAUGAAAAAUCUGUAUGGGGGUUUUACUCAAGGCAGUGCCCAUCCUGGACCUCCAAGUUUCAGUAAUCAGCAACCAAAUGAUGGGCGUCUUCAAAGAACAUCUGAAUCUCUACCAGGUGUGGAAGCUAGAGCUAGGGGACAUCCAACUGUCACGGCACAGCCUGCACUAGAAAUUCACAGCAGGAAUGGAGGUGCACAGAAGGGUCCUCGCAUAGCCAAUGUUGUGCAUCGUUUCAAGUGCUCUGUUGAACCUCUCGAAAUUGGUGUUGUGCUAUCAGGGAGGCUGUGGUCUUCAAGCCAAGCAAUCUUCCCGAAAGGGUUUAGAAGCAGAGUGAAAUACUUCAGCAUUGUGGAUCCAAUCCAAAUGGCAUACUACAUAUCGGAAAUACUGGAUGCUGGGAUGCAGGGGCCUCUGUUUAUGGUAAAAUUAGAGAACUGUCCAGGUGAAGUUUUCAUUAACUUAUCUCCAACCAAGUGUUGGAACAUGGUCCGUGAAAGGCUGAACAUGGAAAUAAGGAGGCAACUUAAUAUGGGAAAAUCAAAUCUUCCUACAUUGCAGCCUCCAGGAUCAGUUGAUGGUCUUGAAAUGUUUGGUUUAUUAUCACCACCAAUAGUUCAGGCAAUUUGGGCGCGGGACAGAGAUCACAUCUGUACAGAGUACUGGAGAUCAAGGCCCCAUGUUCUCAUUGAGGAUCCAAACAAUCGGCAUAUGUUAUCUCAGGGUCCACCUCUCCUUGCCCUGAGGGGUCUCAUCCAAAGGGCUAACCGGGAUGAAUUGCAAGUCCUGCGGAGUUUGAUGACGAACAGCAACAAUUUGGAUGAUAGCUCCAGGCAACAGGCCGCGCACAUUAUCGAAGAGGAGAUUGCGAAGCAAUUGUGCUGAGAAGGGUAAAUACCGGCUGGCUGUUGUACUUUAGAUGGCAUGAAUAUUUUUUUUUCCGACAGGGUUAAGCAGAUCUAAAACCGAGGCUUGCUUCUCCCCUUGCCUUUCAUGCCCAUUCUUUCCAUUCUUGAGCCCAUACCAUAAGAUUUAUGCUUCAGGUGACUGUUGUUUCAUUGACUGACUUGUGUACAUACAGAUGUGUUGUGUUCCUAAAUGCUAGCCAGCUGCCUCAUCUUUCCUGUAAAACUCAUGUUGUGUUCAGCUGUCCAGUUAAGUAGGGUUGCUUCUAGUUCAGAGAUCUUUGGACAGUCAAAAUGUCCAUGCCAGAUGUAUCUGCUAUGUUAUUACUUUCCAGUCUAACAGUGAUUUUGUGCUGCUGCUAGCAGGCA